AUGAGUGGAAUAAUUGCGAGAUUUAUUGGAUUGCGACUUGUUGGAACAACAAAAUAUAUUACAAAACAAAACACAACAAAAUAUCUACAAUCCAUGUGCCACGUGAGAAAUAGAUGUAAUCAUAUUACCAAAAAUCCAAUCACACCAGCUCGAAAAGAAUCAGCUGGAUAUUGGAAAACUAUCAAGGACUUUUCAGUGCCAUUAACAAUUAUCGGUAUGAAUAUUGCUAUUUACUGUGCACAUAAAAUUAAAAGAAACCAUAAACUUUGGGACGAUGUUGACAUGUUGAUUGCAGCUAUAAAGGAAACUUUAAAGUAUUCUAUAAUUCCAUCAAAAAUAAUUACAUCUAGUGUAUUAUUUGAUGAUAGUAAAAUAGAAAUAUUUGCAGAAGACGACUAUCUAGAACUCGAGAACGAUAACACACGUAAUUUAAUAUUAAGCAAAGAAUUGGAUGCAAACAUACAAGAACCAUUUCCAAGAAGCGAACCAGUACCAAUAAAAUUUGAUAGAUUUAAUGGAUUACUUGAUAAUGGUAAAUUAACAUUAACAACAGUAGAUGGUGAUACAACGUUUACUUUUUAUCAAACAUUGAGCCUUGAAAUAAAAAAAACGUCUACGACUUUACAAGAUGAAAUAGCUGCUAUGAAAAAAGAACCAUCUGAAAUAGUACAAAAGAAAAUAAGUAAAUUUCAUGUCUAUCUUCCAGAUCAUAAGGUAACAUUAAAAACCUCGAAAGGUGAAAAUAAAUGGCCUUCAAAUUCACCAUUAAAAUUGAGAGACGCAUUUCCAAUAAUUGGGAGUUUCAGUUACUCAGUUGAAGAGACAGUAAAAAUACAAGCAGACGAUAGUGAUGAAGUUUAUCAUUUGAUACAUAAUGUGACUCUUGAAUGUGAUAAAAAAGUUGAUGAAAAUUUACAAAAUAUAAUUGCCACUGAAGAACCAUAUCCAGAAGAUAUGAUAUUUGAAGUAACGAAUGUAUUAUUUGAUUGUGGUACAGUAGUAUUCAAAACACAAGAUGGUCAUAAACUUAUUGUCAGAAAGAAAUAUGACUUGGGAUUUGCGGAAGAUGGUCAAGAAACAGUAUGUCUGGAAGGGGACCCAAAGUUAAGAUUAAAUUAUAUUUAA